AUGCUGUGGACGCUGGAGGACUGGUCACAGCACGAGAAGAUGCUCGGCGCUGCUCGGGAGAUGAGCGUUAUAGGCCGUGGACGUCCCCCGGCAGGGCAAAACACUAAAUUGCUGUUUGUUGUAGAUGAGGAGGGUGUACCCCUUGAUGGCUAUCGUGCUGAUGAGAUGCGUAAGUAUGCCCUUUCCAUUUUUCAAUCACUUCGGGAAGCCGGGAAGGCACCCCAGAGCUGGGCGAAGAAGGGCUCGUCCGAUGUAAAACAAAGGUACUAUGAUGAAAUGUACCGACAGUUCCCGGAGCUCGGGCUAUGCGAGGGCAACUGGAAGGCAGAAAAGCUAGCGAUCCAGACCUACUUUGGGUUCCACAAGAACCAUGUGCGCCUCAAGCUAGCACCCCAAGUUACAGAUCCCGAGCCAGCAAGUGCAUCCGAGUCCGAUGACAGUGGCAAAACCGGACCGGGAUCGAGCACUGGGAAUACUAUGACGGCGUCCUCCUGUCGCAAGAGAAAGGCUGGUCUCAGGAACAUGCAACAGGCUAAGAAGCCCAAGGGGAGGGAGAGCUUACGAAUGCGGGACCCUCUGGCCGGGAUCUCAUUCACGCCGACGGAACCCCUCACUACGGGUACAUCGCAGGGGCUGCCUGGUCUUCCUCCUACCACUGGCUUCCCGCAGCUAUCAGCUCCUGAUCAGAUAUUCCCAGGACCUCCCCCCCUGCAGUCUUUGGGCGAAUCUCCUCUGCCCCCAUUACCGCUCGUCAAUAAUAGCACUACCCGGCCUGUUCCGGCAGAGCUACGUCAGGGUGAUGAUAGGACGAAUGAUGCGCCAGACCCGACAGCACCGCAGUCCCAGGGUACGGGGGCGAACCUCGAAGAGUUGUUUUCUCACCCGCCUUCCGACGUCAGUGCCAACUUGAACCAUGCGUCGGCAGGUGCCUCAAACGCCGCACUGCCGCCGUCGCAAGGUCCACACAGUACCGACGCCACAGCACGACAAUUAGAGAACACAAGCGGCAACAGCAACGGCGGGGCUAUGCCGACGCCAACCGCUGCUAGCGCGGCAAGCAAGGGACGUGCUAAGGGAGCGAACACGAGAGACAAGCCUCUUGAAGUUUCGGAUGCAGUGACACCAAUGAACCUAUGCAAGAUCGAAUGGCUAGCGAACAAUCCGGGCGGAACGAAAGCUGCCUUCAAGAGCUAUUGGGGCCCCUUGUCGGAUGCUACUAUUGCACCCAUCCCGGCGGAGUUGAUCUUAUUAUGCUGCUUAGGACUACAUUAA